AUGGCUGCAAUCUCUUCUGUAGAAAAAUACAAACAGCCCAAAGUGGCCUUUGUGAGUGGUGCCAACGGCAUCAGUGGAUCUGCUAUCGUGGAACACUUGAUUCGGCAGCCAGCAUCAGAAUGGUCAAAGAUCAUAGUCACCUCUCGUCGUCCAUUACCCAAUUACUGGGCUGACGCGCGGAUCGAAUUCGUGGCGGUUGAUUUCCUGGAACCGAUCAUGGACAACAUCCAAAAGCUCACGCCAGUCUGCGCAGAUGUGACACAUACAUUUUACACAUCAUAUGUUCACUCUAAUGACCUCAAGAGCUUGCCAGCCAAGAAUGUUCCAUUGUUCCAAAACUUUCUGGAUGUUAUCGAUACUGUAGCUCCUAGAUUACAACGUUACUAUGGUCCCCAUCUCGGAUUCUUGAAAGCACCCGCUGAAGAAAGCCAUCUUCGCUAUGAGGAUAACGGUGACAAUUUCUAUUAUAACCAAGAGGACUAUUUACGGGACGUUCAGGCCAAGCGAAAUACCUGGACAUGGAAUGUAAUCCGUCCCACAGGCAUCAUUGGAUUCACUCCUCUCCCAAAUGGGAUGUCCGAAGCUUUCAACCUUGCGGUCUACUUUUUACUCUGUCGAGAAUUGGACCAGCCACCUUUCUUUCCUGGAAACCCUUUUAUGUGGAGCGGAGUGAGCCAAAAGUCAUACUCCCCUAGUAUUGCUGAUCUUGCAGUUUAUGUUUCCACCAACGAUCACUGCGCCAAUGAGGCUUUCAACCAUGCUAAUGGAGAAGUCAUAGUUUGGAAGACUUUUUGGCCUAAGUUAGCGGGAUACUGGGGAAUGGAGUGCCCGGAACCGAAGUUUGAAAAUGUCAAACGAGAUCCGCAUGGUCUUCUCCUAGAAUUUGAUCUGGUAGAGUGGGCAAAGGAUAAAAAGGAAGUAUGGGAUAGGGUGGUCGACAAAUACGGCGGCAAGAAAGAGGCUUUCGAAUGGACGGAUUGGCGUUAUUUGAAUUGGACGGUGGGACGGGAGUGGACAACGCAUGUUUCUUUGGAGAAGGCUCGGGAGUUUGGUUGGACCCGAUUUGAUGGGAAUUAUGCCUCGUUUGUGGCAACUUUUACCGUGUUGGAGCAAACCGGAGUCCUGCCCAAGCACGCCUGA